GGCGGUCCCGCCCGCCGGGGCAGGCACAGCGCGGGCCGCAGGUACGAGCGGAGCGGAGCGGAGGAGAGCGGCCGGGCCGGCGCGGCCAUGGGCAAAGUGCAGCUCUUCGAGAUCCGCCUGGGCGACAGCCGCGUCGUCUACAGCCCCGGCGAGCCGCUGGCCGGCACCGUCACCGUGCGGCUCUCGGGCUCGCUGCAGUACCGAGCCAUCAAGGUGAGCUGCAUUGGAUCCUGUGGGGUGUCCAACAAGAUCAAUGACACAGCAUGGACUGUGGAGGAGCAGUACUUCAACAGCACGCUGUCCCUGGCAGACAAAGGUACUGUCCACAAAGGCCUGGUGCAGAUCUGUGCUCAGAGAAUAUUUACAGAAAUGUAUCACCAAGACUUCAGCAUCAAUGUGAAAUACCCCUCACAGGCUGCCUUGGCCUGUGCACAGAGGAUGGGAGCCAGGAUUAGAGACUACAAGAGCUUAGGAGGGGCUGUGCAGGCAAGGAUCCUGAGCAGAACUUGGCAGCCACCCUGUAAACACUGCUAGCAUCCUCUGGCCCUGGUCUUUGUGAAGCAGAGUUGUCACAGGGGCUGCUCCCUGUCUCGAGGCUCUGUGGGUUCACUUUGCUCCACUUUUCACAUGUGUUUACGGUGCUCACAGAACAAUGAUCAAAGCUGGUCAGCAGAAGCCAGUGGUUUGCUGUGAAAGGGGAUGUGGAUGUGUCUCCUGUGCUCCAGGAGAAGCUCUGGGAGGUGGCAGGAUCAGCCUAGGGCAGUUACCCCUGCUCCCAGUGAGAUGGACAGAGAUAGCCAUGGGGUUGUAUUGUCUUGUGGGUAAAGUGACACCAGCAGCCUCUGGGGGAUCUGGGCCUGAAUGAAUGCUGUCUUUCUGCUGUUAAAUAGGUCAGCCUUACCACAAAUAAUUCAUGCUGUGCUCUGGCUCCUGUUGAAAUCAAGAUGUGCCAGUAUUCACCUGCUGAAGGCAGUGGCCCUAACAGGAACGUGGCAAAAGCCCAGGGAAGCAGGAGCUCAGCCCUCUGGUACUGUUUUAUCAAAUAACAGGAAAUGGGUAAAACGGACAUGGCAGUUUCUGGUAGCUCAGCAAUUUUCCAAGCAGAGCUUUUAGCACUGAGGGGAGACUGAACACCAUUCUUGCAGCAAGUGGUGAGAGGGCUGUUUGCUCUCAGGGCCCUGCCAAGGGAGACAGUUGGCUGGCUGGCUCUUGGCUCACAGCCUGGGGGCUGCAGUCAGAGAUAAACUGCAUGGGAGGGCAGUGGGAAACAUUCCUGCCUGAUUCUGGAUGUGCUGAGCACAGAGAGCCCAGCUCUGGAUGUCAGGGUGGGGGCACAGUCACAGGGGGUCUGUAAGGUGCUGCAGACCACUGGGCCUAGAUGAGUUGGGAGUUGUAGGCUGCAAGUGAGUGUGGACUUGUGGAGAGGUUUAAACCUGCAACUGCACUGAAAAAUGCUCCUUCCAACUUUUGUUUCUAAUAUUUAAUGAUUUGAGGGAGAGCUGUGAUCUUGUGGUCAGAUCUGUGUGCUGGGCAAGCUGAGCAGUGGCAAAAGACAGGCAGAAAGGUGGAGUGGGAAGACGUGGGUGUGCUGUUUGUUGGAUUUGCAGCCUCUGGAAAACUUUGAUAGCUGCUUUGGCAGUCAGUUCUUGUGAAGUUGCCCUUGGGAGCCACCCCCUUGAUAACUAGGACUAGAGAACUGAGAUG